GAAGGGGAAAGCACACGGAGACCUGGGAACGACCUUGGCUUUCCCAGGAGUGAUAGGGAGCCAUGGGAGGGUUUAGAGCAGGGGAGGGGCAGGGUCAGGGCUGGGGCUGGGGCGGGGGCUGCUGGCCCCACAGCCAGACCCAGCAGGCUUUGUUUAUCCUUGAUUAUUUAUACCCAGGGAGGCAAACUUCCCUGUAGUCUGGGCCCACCCGCAGACAAGACAUAUAAAGAUAAAAAAGAUCAGAAGCCCUGGAAUGUCGGGGGGUGCGGAGGAGCCAGGCCGGCUGCUGCUCCCUCCUGCGGUCGGUCGCUGGGACUCUGGGUGUCGGCGUCUUUCUCCCCCUGUCCCAUCUCCCACCUGCCUGUCCCUUUCUCUCUUGCCCGCCCCCCCAUCCUUCCCUGUCCCCAUCUCUCUUCUCUCUCCCCCCACGCAGUACUAUGAGAUGUCCUACGGCCUAAACAUCGAGAUGCACAAGCAGGCUGAAAUCGUCAAGAGGCUGAAUGGGAUUUGUGCCCAGGUCCUGCCCUACCUCUCCCAAGAGCACCAGCAACAGGUCUUGGGAGCCAUCGAGAGGGCUAAGCAGGUCACCGCUCCUGAGCUGAACUCCAUCAUCCGACAGCAGCUCCAAGCCCACCAGUUGUCCCAGCUUCAGGCUCGGGCCCUGCCACUGCCCCCACUGCCCGUGGGGCUGCAGCCCCCUUCGCUGCCGGCGGUCAGUGCGGGCACCGGCCUCCUCUCGCUGUCGGCGCUGGGCUCCCAGGCCCACCUCUCCAAGGAAGACAAGAACAGCCACGACGGUGAUGCCCACCAGGAGGAUGACGGCGAGAAGUCGGAUUAGCAGGCGGCUGGGACGGGAGGGUGGGGGGACAAAGGGGAGACAGAGGCACGGAGAGAAAGGAAUGUUGAGCGCAAGACAGUGUAGCUCGGGAUGGCUAAACUCCAGUAGUAUUUAUGGUAGCCGCCUGUGGGGUCCUGCACCUGCUUGUGUGCCACCCCGUAGCUUUGCUCCAAACCCACCCAGUCCCAGCCUCCCUCCCUCCCUCCCCCCCUGCAGCCUGAAUAGGUGAAUACCUGCUCAUCCCACAGAGGAGGCAAGCUGAGGCCUGGAGGGGCAAAUGGGAGACCAGGUCAGAUGGGAGCAAAACCUCAAGAAAUCCAACACCCCCGGCACUUUCCCGUUUCGCACAUGUGUAACUGACAGUCUGCUCGCUGGGCCCUUCGGGGCACACACCACAACCUCCCACCCUGGCACUGCAUGCAAACACGAUGCUAGCCGUCCUUUCCCACCCCGGGCACCCUGCCUCUCCCCCCUGGGACCCACCACCCACCCCGCUCACCACCUCCGCUAGUCCCUGACACCCCCGUGCCCACCUGGGCCUCCCCCCUCGCCCAUGAAAGAGGAGGCAAAGGGAAGCUAGGUUAGCUGGAACAAACAGAGAAGGGGGGCGGGUGACCCAGGCUUUCCCUUCUCCCCUUCCCAAAUAAAGAUGAGGGUACUAAAGUUG